UGGCAUUUAUUCCCCUUCUUAUAGAACCAACCCAUUGCCUUGCCCCCUCAGAUCUCCCCGUACAAAUCUUGGGUCCUUCUCUCUCUCUCUCUUCAUUCGCACAUUCUCUUGUUGCCCACUCUCCGCUAUACGAUCCCCCCAUUCACCCAGUUUUGUUGCUGUCAAAGCUUUAAGAAGGUCUAAUAAGGCACUGUGGGUGUUAUUAGUUAGCUGAGAUGAGAUCUACCAUUUGAUCUUUCAAGAUACGGGGAACUGAAAGGUUCAUUUUGAGAUAGUAGAUUGAAGUAUAAUAAAUGAUGAGGGGAAGGUCGGACGGAUCCCAAAAGAAGCGCUUAAUAACUUCGGUGUGUGUUGUUGCAAUCUUUCUUGGUUUUCUAUAUGCAUACUAUGGAUCGAUAUUCGGGCACGGUACAUCAGCCCUGGAGUAUGGCAGCAAGUCAUUGAAAAGGCUAGGUUCAUCAUAUUUGGGUGGAGAUGAUGAAAGCGAUGGAAAGCAAGAUGAGGCUAAGUUUGGGCAGGAAGAUGAAGAUGAUGCGACAGUAAAGAGCUUCCCAGUUUGCGAUGAUCGCCAUUCUGAAUUGAUUCCUUGCUUAGAUAGGAACCUUAUUUACCAAAUGAGGUUGAAGCUGGAUCUAUCUUUGAUGGAGCACUAUGAGAGACACUGCCCUCUUCCUGAAAGACGGUACAACUGCUUGAUUCCUCCUCCUCCAGGGUACAAGGUUCCUAUUAAGUGGCCUAAAAGCAGAGAUGAAGUUUGGAAAGCAAACAUCCCUCAUACUCACCUUGCACAUGAGAAAUCUGACCAGAACUGGAUGGUUGUGAAAGGCGAAAAGAUAAACUUUCCUGGAGGAGGCACUCAUUUUCACUAUGGAGCUGAUAAGUACAUUGCUUCAAUGGCCAAUAUGCUCAACUUUUCGAGAAAUAUUCUGAACAAUGAAGGAAGAAUAAGGACAGUCUUCGAUGUUGGCUGUGGUGUGGCAAGUUUUGGAGGGUAUUUACUCGCAUCAGACAUCAUAGCAAUGUCCUUGGCACCCAAUGACGUGCAUCAAAACCAAAUUCAGUUUGCUCUGGAGAGAGGGAUUCCUGCAUAUCUCGGUGUCUUAGGGACCAAGAGACUCCCUUAUCCUAGUAGGUCCUUCGAGCUCGCGCAUUGUUCCCGGUGUAGAAUCGAUUGGCUUCAAAGAGAUGGGAUUCUUCUUCUUGAGCUGGAUAGGGUUCUCAGACCUGGAGGUUAUUUUGCUUACUCUUCUCCUGAAGCAUAUGCGCAGGACGAGGAGGAUCUUAGAAUCUGGAAAAAGAUGAGUGCCCUUGUUGAACGCAUGUGUUGGAGCAUAGCUUCGAAGAGGAACCAAACCGUCAUUUGGCAAAAACCUCUGACAAAUGAUUGUUAUAUGGAAAGAGAACCUGGGACUCAACCACCUCUAUGCCGAUCUGACGACGAUCCGGAUGCAGUCUGGGGCGUGCCCAUGGAAGCGUGCAUUACUCCAUACUCUGACCAUGACCAUAAAGCUAAGGGGAGUGGAUUGGCUCCUUGGCCAUCUAGGUUGACUUCCCCUCCUCCUCGACUUGCUGAUUUUGGCUAUUCGAGAGACAUGUUUGAGAAGGACACAGAAAUUUGGCAGCGAAGGGUCAAGAACUAUUGGAACUUACUGAGCUCGAAGAUCACAUCGGACACUUUGAGGAACGUGAUGGACAUGAAGGCAAACAUGGGGUCAUUUGCGGCUGCACUGAGAGGAAAGGAUGUGUGGGUGAUGAAUGUCGUCCCUGAAGACGGACCGAACACUCUCAAGCUGAUAUAUGACAGAGGCCUAAUUGGCUCUGUUCACAACUGGUGCGAAGCAUUUUCAACCUACCCUCGGACUUUUGAUCUGCUCCAUGCUUGGACUGCCUUUUCGGACAUCGAGAGGAAAGGGUGCAGCGCGGAGGAUCUCCUCAUCGAGAUGGACCGUAUUCUCAGGCCCACUGGUUUCAUAAUCAUCAGGGACAAGCAACCAGCUAUUGAUUUUGUCAAGAAAUACUUUACAGCUUUGCACUGGGAAGCGGUUGCAACGGGCAACUCGAGCUCAGAACCCGACGAGGACAGAGACGAUAUCGUGUUGAUCGUCCAAAAGAAAAUGUGGCUGACAAGUGAAAGUCUCAGGGAUGCAGAAUAGAAAGCGCCAUGCGAUCCAUGUUUCUUUCCCCUGGGUCGGACGAAGAAGCACGUCCGGUGCAGCGAACAUGGUGAAGUCCGGAGAAUUUUUAUGGUUUGUAGCAUUAAGUGAUGAUGAUUCUGCAAUUGUUUCAGGUUUUUGUCAUGAUAAUGUUUGUUUGUUUGGUAGGCCAAGGACUACCACAUAUUAUAUAGGCCAUUAUUUAUUUGUUUUCCGGUCAUUGUUUUUUCCUUGUUAUGGAAAUGCGAUAGGUACGACUUCAGCCUGAUCAUUGAUAUUAAAGGCGUCGCCGAUGUACUUCUCUUCA